AUGUCGUCUAGCACAACAUUACCAAAUAGCAUGAAUUUAUUUCUUGUUGGAAGUACGGCAAGUGGUCAUAGUUCUGAUAGUCAUUUUGCUGGAAAAAAAGCAUCUGAUAUAGAUAUGUGUAUGGAAAUUGGUAGAAUUCAUUCAGAAAAUGAAUUAAUAAAAACAUCAAAACCUAGCUUUGUUCGCAUUCGAUGGAAUCCAGUAGAAGAAACAUUAAAGUCAAAGCCCUAUUCAAAUGAUCAAAAUAAUCAACAUUGUAUAAACGGCUAUAAAAUGAAGGAAAAUGUGCAAAAGACCGCGGAAUAUAAUGACAUAACGUAUAAUAUGCUGUAUGAUAAAACAAAGCCAAUUCAGUCAACACCUGAAUCAGCAGCUUUAAAUGUAAAGUUGCGUUGGUCUAAUUCUAAUGUAGUAUCAACUUCACAAUCAUUUAGUGAUACACUAACGGAUGUUUUAAAUAUUCAACAACAAGAAGAACAAAAUAAUGAACAAUUAUUGUUGUAUAAAAACAAUUUUGUAGUUUCCUUUCAGAUAACAAAUGGCCCACUGUUUUCGAAUAUAAGAAAGCAACUGGAUAGAAGGGUGCCUAUAAAUGAUGUUAAUUAUGCAGCAAGCUUACUAUGUCCAAUAUUUUUAAUUUCCUUAACACGAGAACAAAAACUGAAGGCAACAAUGUUAAUUAAUUUUUAUUUAAAGUAUCAGUAUUUAGUUAAAGCGUAUAUCCGUUCUGAACAGCGUUCUAAUUAUCGUUAUCCAUUCUUUGCGUAUGAACCAUAUGAUUAUGAUUUUGUACCAUCAUUUAAAUUAGAAUUUUGGCCUCAAGAUAUUGAACAAGGAUUUUUAAAACGUUUUAAGCACAAGAAACCAAAUUUAUAUGAACAAAUAAAACAAAUUUUUAUGCAUUUAGUAGCAAAGUGGUCGGGUAACAAAGAAACAUGUCAAGAUAGAGAAUUAGAAUUUCGAUAUUCUUUUUCGUCUAUUGAAUUAUUCUUAGCUAAUGCACGAACAAAAACCGAACAAAUGUUAAAUGGUAUUGCACGAUCAAUUUAUUAUAGAUAUUUAUAUAAGAAGAACAACGAUGAAAAUAGUCAACAUUCUUAUAUUAAAUCGUAUUUUAUUGCAACAACUGUUUUCUGGAUGUGUGAAGAGAAAAAUUUAAAUGAUUUAGAUGUUGAAAAUGAACAAUAUUCUGAGGAUGUAUUAGAAACAACUAUUCUAACGCUUAAAUUUCAUGUUAACUUAAACGAUCCACUUGGAUUAGAAUUAGUUCAAGCACUUAAACAAACAGAACCGUAUAAUUAUGGAAAUACUAAUAAUUUUUGGAAAAACUAUAUACACGACAUAUCUUAUGCUGAAAACGAAUACAAAUAUAUAAAAUUGAUUUGGGGUGACGAUGAAAGUGAAGAUUUUGAAUAUUUACUAGAUGUAUUAGUUCCAUUUUAUAGAAUUGAUAAUCAGGAAACAAAUAAUUGGCUUCGAUGGAAAAAACUAUUUAUUGAUAAAGACUUUGCCAAUGAUGAUGAUGAUGAGUUAGUCCGAACAUCAUUAUUUCACAAUAAUGAAGCGAACAACAAAUCCACAAUGAGUCCAAAAUUAUUUACAUUCUGCUUAUGUUUGGCAGUUUCGUGCGCACCUGCUAUCAUACAAAGUGUUACCAAUCAACAUUACUUCGAACAUAUUGUUCGUAUGUCUCAUGAUAAAGACCAUCAGUCAUUUCUUUCAAAUGUGAAUUUUAAUUUCGACAACUUCAGUCGAAAGACGGAUAUUUAUUCUAAAAUUGCAAACACAAUAAGUUCAUCUUCUACAAGGGUACGAUUAUACUCAGGUUUAGUAUUGCCCACACUGUUCGAACAUAAUCUUUCAUUUGUAUUUAACAAUCGUACAGUAUUAACAGAUCAUGUUGAAGGUUCAGAAACUCAUGAUGUACUUGAUCUUUCAUGUUUGUAUUAUGUAAUGAGAAUAAUUAUGAUAAAUAAUUUGGAUAUACAAUAUCCACAUUUGAGAAAACUAUUUCUAUCAAGUACAAUUUUAAAGUUAUUAAUUGAUUAUCGGCCGGUAUUACAAGAAAUUUUUCCAUCGGAAGGUUUCAAUGGUAUUUUAUCAACUGCAGUCUUUGAAUGGUUAUGUCAAAAAAGUAACGAAAACAGUGAUCACGAUGGUAUAUUCUAUUCUGAUUGGUGUUUAUUAGUACCAUUAUUUAUUCAAAGAAAUACACGAAUCGAUAGAUUUUCUUGUUUAUCAGAUGAAAAUAUUAUUGCCAUAUUUGAAGAUCGAGAAAAACUAAAAACAACAACUGAACUGUCAUCGAUUAAACAUUGUAUUUAUCGUACUUAUACAAAAGAAGAUAUCAUUGAAUCUGAAAAAGAUUUCUUUGAUUUGUGUGAAAUGUUUUUUACAUUUAUAGAAAAAGCAAUUAUGAUUUUAGAAAAAAUCCAGUACGAUAUAAAACAAAAAUUAACGAGUACAAUAUCAAUCACUAAUAAUUUUGGACGAAAAACAUAUUAUUUUCAAUAUCUAUUACGACUUAAUCAAAUUAAUGAAUUAGAGAAAAUAAUCAAUGGAAAUAUAAAUGAAAACAAUCAAUCAAAGAAUGAAAGAUUAUACGAGCGAGCAUUUAUACUAUUCUUUUUUGAAGAAAUCAUGCACUGGUUAAGGGAUCAAGAUCGCGAUAUAAACAAAAGAAAGGAAAUUAAUGUUGUUUGUCAUGCGUAUUUAUGGUAUUUAACUCAGAAUUCUUAUAUUAAGUAUCUAAACGGAUUAAAUUCUAAUAGAACACAAUGUCCACUUCAGAGCGAUAAAGAAUUUUUAGACGAAGCCGCACAGAAGUCACAACAAAACGGUCAACAGUCUUUGAAGUUAUCGUCUUUACAUAGAGAAGACUUCAGCAAUACAGUUUUAGCAAACAACAAUAAUCUUGAGCAUAAACAACAAAUUCACACACAAUCAUGGCAAAUUUUUUCUACUGUUUUGCGGCAGUCUAAACCAGCAAGUAUUGAGCAAUUACAAUUAAACGAUGUCGAAGCACAAACUGAUGAUGAAAAUCAAAAUCGAGCAAUAACAUCGGCAUUGCCAUCACCAACUGACAGCUUAGAUUCAGAAUUACGAGCAUCUGAAACGUACCAGCCCGAAUUAAUAGAUAUGUUUAAAAAACAAAUAUACCAACUACAAGGUCCAUCGUCAUAUAAAAUCGUAUCGUGUAUCUUUUAUAGGCAGAUUUUAAGUAUUAUAAACAAUUUUGAUAAAAAAUAUCCAUAUUUGGGACAAUUACGUCUGUCAAAUACAGUUUUAAAGUUAUUAAUCGAUUAUCAACCACUAUUACAAGAAAUAUUUUCAGAUGAACUUACCGAUGGUAUUUUAUCGACCACAGUCUUUCAAUGGUUAUGUAAGAAAAGUAAUGAAAACAGUGAUCAUGAUGGCAUAUUCUGUUCUGACUGGUGUUUAUUAUUACCAUUGUUUAUCCUACGAAAUAAUUAUCAGUUAGAAGGAUUUGUCCGUUUACUAGAUGAAAAUAUUAUUGCAAUAUUUGAAGAACGACGAGUACAAUUAGAAGAUGAAGUGAAUGGUUUUGAAUUAUCAACUGCUUCUCUUCCUGAUGGGGAAAAUGCUUUUCAUAAAUCUUGUGAAAAUUUUUUUGCAUUUAUAAACAAAGCAAUUAUGAUGUUAGUUCAAGUCCAGUAUGUUAUAAAACAAGAAUUGAUAAUAACAACGUCAAUGGCUAGCGAUUUUGGACGAAAACUGUAUUGUUUUCAAUGUCUCUUACGAAUUAAACAAAUUAAUGAAUUAGAGAAAAUAAUGAAUGGAAAUAUAAAUGAAAACAAUCCAUCAGAGUGUGAAGAAUUCUACGAGCGAGCAUUUAUAGUAUUCUUUUUUGAAGAAAUCAUGCAGUGGUUCAGGGAUCAAUAUAGCGAUAUAAACAAAACAAAGGAAAUUCGUCUUGUUUGUCAUGCGUAUUUAUGGUAUUUAACUCAGAAUUUUGGUACUAAGGUUCUAAACAGAUUAAAUCCUAAUGGAGCACAACGUCCACUUCAGACGAUUCAGGAUGUUUUUGGCUCAAUUAUACAAGAAGCACAAUAA